AUGUCUAAUGAGGAACGACGUCUGGGUUGCCAUUAUCCGAACAUUCGCACUCAUCCCGACGGCCUCCCAUUUCCAAGACCAACUCGUUCUGACACCACAAAUUUUCCAGGAAACCCUGGUCCAGGCAGCACAAAUUGUCCAGGACAUCCUUGUCCCAACGCUGUCGCUUUUCGUCCAGACGUCCUUAUUAGAUUUCCACCCAAGGGACCAACUUGCCAUACGAAGUGCGCCUAUUUUAGCAGCUUUGCAGCCAUAAACCACGACCUCGAUCGAACGAUGAAAACUAAAGUGAUUUCUUACAAAAGUGGACAGAAGACAGUGAGCAUUAGUAGUGCCGCGAUCGUGUUGGAAUCAGGUGAAAAAGAUGGCAUCAAACAUACAUGGAGUGUACGUGUCGAUACUUCUUCUAGAGCCAAUUUCACAUUGAACAUUGAUUGGAAAGAUUUGAAAAACCAAGGAGCUCAUCGUCUUGUUGGACAUUUGAUACUCAGUUCUGUUAACAGCUAUUUGCCUCCACAUAGAGUAGCUAUUGAUUGGACUGACACGAACCAUUCAGUUUUGGCAGCAAUUGGAAAUAGCCUUAAUUCCAGUUUUGAGUACAAUCUCACUGCUCACUACGCUGAAUCGUCUCCACCCGAUAAGAUGUCUUAUGAAAAACUGUUUGUGGCUUCCGAUAAAACAGAUGUGGUUCUUGUUGUCGAUGGAAAGAAGCUGAAUGUUAACAAAUCGUUCCUUUCCUUCCACUCCGACUAUUUCUCCAAUCUUUUCUCUUCGAAUUCCAAAGAAGGACAAAUGAAAGAAAUCGAAAUCAAAGAAGUUUCGUAUGAAGAUUUUGGGCUUCUUUGCAGCAGUUUCUAUCCGAAUCCGCAGUUUCCAAACGAUCAAACUGUCGAGAAACUUCUGGAGAUGGCUAGCCGUUUUCAAGUGUCAUCAGUUGUUGGAAUUGUCGAAUAUCACCUUCUCAAUAAUUCAAGAAUCGGAUAUGAGAGAAUGUUAUGGUUUGCUGAUGAAUACCAAAUGCCGAAGCUUCUGGAGAAGUGUAUCAGUCAAAUGAACUCACUGGCGAUGGCUAAGAAAUUGGAGAAGUCUCCGGAAUUCGAAAAAAAAUUUGCAGAUCAAACUGUCGAGAAGCUUCUGGAGAUGGCUAGCCGUUUUCAAGUGUCAUCAGUUGUUGGAUUGUCGAAUAUCACCUUCUCAAUAAUUCAAGAAUCGGAUAUGAGAGAAUGUUAUGGUUUGCUGAUGAAUACCAAAUGCCGAAGCUUUUGGCGAAGUGUAUCAGUGAGAUGA